AUGGCCGAAGCAAUACAGUCUGGUGAUGAGUCUCGCUUCACUGAUCUUUACAAUGAACCUGUAGAUCAUCUUUUAUCACCAAUAAAAGGCUAUCAAGAUAAACCAGUUGUUUCACUUCCAAAAGCUAUUGAACCAGUUGCCGGAUUUUUUAAUAAAAUUGAAGACAAUGUCUCUGUUGCAUUGCAUAAUUGUCAAAAUCCAGCUGAUGGAUUAGACCAACAAGAAUCAGCUUCUAUACAUCUAUAUACAAUGCAAUUUAGAGGCGGACCAAGUUUGUACUUGUUACUUAAUAAAUCAUUACGUGCUGAGAAUCGUGAAGAAUUACAACCAUGGUUCUCAUAUCUUAAACUAUUUCUCACGGCUUUGCAUAAAUUACCAUCACGAAGUGAAACAGUAUGGCGUGGUAUUCGAGAUGUUGAUUUAAGUUCAAAAUACAAAAAAGGCACUAAAUUUGCUUGGUGGGGAGUAAGUUCGUGUACUAUUGAUAUUGAAGUACUUGAAGCAGAUCAAGUUUUGGGGAAACAUGGAAAACGUACUCUCUUUUCAAUUGAAUGCAUUAAUGGAAAAUCUGUUGCCACACAUUCAUAUUUCAAGAAUACUGAAAAAGAAAUUAUUCUUAUGCCAGAUUCAUAUUUUGAAGUCAUGGGUCAAUUAAAUCCAGCACCUGAACUUCAUAUUAUUCAACUGAGAGAAAUUACACCACCUAAUGCACUAGUGAAGCCACCAUCUUCAAAACCAAAUGAACAAAAACCUCUUUCGAUUGUUGAUCAACCAAGUACAUUAUUUCCAUCGACAUCAGCAAAGAAGACAUCAGUGAAAUCAGUACCAUUACGUGCACGUAUGGUUGAUAUUCAUCCGAAUGCAACAUGGUCAAAGAAUGGUAUCACUGUUGCUGGAGGAAAUAAACACGGCAGUGCAACGAAUCAACUAUCGGAUCCAUGGACUUUGUACAUCGAUGAUGAUCAAACGAUUUAUGUUGUUGAUACUUGGAAUCAUCGUAUUAUGGAAUGGAAAUCGGGUGCAACGAAUGGCACAGUGGUUGCUGGUGGAAAUGGAAGAGGAAAUGGAGCUCAUCAAUUAAGUAUUCCACGAGAUGUGAUUAUCGACAAAGAGACCGAUAGUCUCAUCAUCAGCGAUAGCGAAAAUAAAAGAGUAGUUCGAUGGCCUCGUCGAAAUGGUACUCGUGGAGAAACAAUUAUUUCAAAUAUCGUUUGUUGGGGUUUGACAAUGGACGACAAUGGUUUUCUCUAUGUCGUUGACCAUGAGAAAAAUGAAGUGAGGCGAUAUAAAAUCGGUGACACUAAAGGAACAGUAGUUGCAGGUGGCAAUGGAAAAGGAAAUCGUCUCGAUCAGCUCUUUCAACCCCACUACGUAUUUGUCAAUCGAGAUCAUUCACUUUAUGUGUGUGAUUGUUCCAAUCAUCGUGUCAUGAAAUGGGAAGAAGGUGCAACACAAGGCAUUAUCGUAGCCGGUGGUCAAGGAAAAGGAAAUAGUCUUACACAAUUGGACCGUUCUAUUGGAGUCGUUGUCGAUCAAUUGGGUACUGUUUAUGUGGUUGAUUCUGUGAAUGAUCGAAUCAUGCGUUGGCCAAAAGAGGCCACACAAGGAAGUGUCAUUGUUGGUGGAAACGGUAAAGGAGCAUGGUCGAAUGAACUCUGUUAUCCCACAAGUCUAUCAUUCGAUCGACAUGGUAAUCUCUAUGUCGUCGACUACGUAAAUCAUCGAGUACAAAAAUUUAAUAUCCAAUAA